AUGAGGUUAAUAUUAGUAUUAGGCUUAGUGACAUUAAUAGCUGUAACUCAUAGUCGACGGCUUCCAUCAAAGAAGAAUGAGCAAUCUUCAGAAAAAUUAAUUGAUCUAGAUGACGCAGCCACUGAGCAUAAAAAAGAACAAAGUAAGAAUCACGAAUUCAAAAAAGGGGGUGGCAAGGAACAUCAUGCUCAUCAUCAUGACGAACAUGGAGAGAAAGGCCAUAAAGGUUACAAGGGUCAUCAUCAUCAUGAAGAGGGAAAGAAAGGUCACCAUGAUAAGGAACAUCACAAAGGUGAAUAUGAUGAUCAUGGCGGUCACAAAAAGGAGCAUCAUCAUGAAGAUGGUCACUAUGACGAACACCAUAAGGGUGAAAAAGGAGAAAAGGGCCAUAAAUAUGAAGAAAAGGGCCAUUACAAUAAAGGACACUCCACUAAAGGACAUCAUGAAAUACACAAGCUCGACGAGUUUAAAAAAGAUAAACAUUUCUUUGAUGAAGAAGGAGAUUCUGGACAUGAAGAGAAGCAUGGUGGUUUCCAUGAAGAACAUGGACAUAAAAAAGGCGGGCACUUUAAGAAAGGUCAUCACAAUGGUGGACAUCACGAACAUGAACACGGAGAAAAAGGUCAUCACGAAAAGGGAGGUCAUCACCACGAGCAUAAAGGUCACAAGGAAUCUGCAGGUCAUGACGAACAUCAUCAUCAUCACCACGACCACGCUAAAAAAGGAGAACAUGAACAUCAUAAGAAGUAUGGAUAUAAAAAAGGCAAU